ACAUGACAACCUGAGCUAGCAUCCACAUGCAGAGCUGAGCUUCAGCUGCAGACUGCCACAACCACGGAAAAGCAUCCUUUUAACCAACAACUUCUCCUUUCUUUUGUGAAGUUAUAGCCUCAUUUCAAGCUAUUAAUCACCAACAUGUCUGCUCCUAAGAAGGGAGACUUGUCUUCAAGCGAAAAGGAGUUGUUUGAGGUUAUAACUGCAGGAAAUGUUCAAGAGGCCUCAAGACUGCUGGGCUGUAAGGAUGUUCGAGUCAACUGCUUGGAUGAGUAUGGGAUGACCCCUCUCAUGCACGCUGCUUACAAAGGAAAAGCAGACAUGUGCAAGUUGCUGCUGCAGCACGGAGCGGAUGUGAACUGCAAUGAACAUGAGCACGGAUACACAGCGCUGAUGUUCGCCGGCCUGUCAGGUAAGACUAAUAUCACGUGGAUGAUGUUGGACGCGGGGGCAGAAACAGACUUGGUCAACUCUGUAGGAAGGACCGCCGCACAGAUGGCCGCCUUUGUCGGGCAACACGACUGUGUCACGGUGAUCAACAACUUCUUCUCCCGUGCCAAACUGGAUUACUACACCAAGCCCCAGGGUUUGGAAAAGGAACCCAAGCUUCCAGCCAAACUGGCCGGACCCCUUCACAAGGUCAUCAUGAGCACCAACCUGAACCCCGUCAAGAUGGUGAUGCUGGUGAAGGAGAACCCCCUGGUGGCGGAGCCGGAGGCUCUGGAGAAAUGCCGCCGGGUGAUGGAGCUCAUCUGUGAAAAGUGCGUCAAGCAACAGGACAUGAACGAGGUGCUGGCCAUGAAGAUGCACUACAUCAGCUGCGUGCUGGGAAAGUGUGCCUCCUUCCUCAAGGACCGUGACGACAAGCUGGACGGCCUCAUCAAGAGUUUGCUGAAGGGUCGGGACGGCGAUGGCUUCCCCGUGUACCAAGAGAAGUUUCUCAGAGAGUGCAUCCGCAAGUUCCCUUACUGUGACGCUACUCUGCUGCAGCAGCUGGUGCGGAGUAUCGCCCCUGUGGAGAUUGGUAACGACCCCACAGCUCUGUCAGUGCUGACUCAGGCCAUCACAGGUCAGGUCGGCUUCAUGGACGCAGAGUUUUGUACUUCCUGUGGAGAGAAGGGAGCGGAGAAGAGAUGCUCCGUCUGUAAAAUGGUGAUCUACUGUGGCCAAGCUUGCCAAAAGAUGCACUGGUUCACCCACAAGAAGGUUUGCAAGUCACUCCAAGAGCAGAGAGAGAUGCAGGAGGCCGAAUCAGCCGAACUGAGGAUGCAGCAGAGCAAAGAGGAGAGUGAAGCCGUGCAGGAGGCCACAGACUCCGUGCAGGAGCUCUCACUGGAGACCAACAGUGAGGUCGCCCCCUCAGAAACCUCAAACCCCACCUCCAUCCCAGCUGCUGACAACUGAGGAAACAGUCAGCAAACCAGAAUACAUCCACAGACCGAGAGCUAUCUGGCAGUGAGACUGAGAGCCAGAUGAGGACUGGUCUAGCCGCAUAUAAGAACCCAUAUUUAUUAUCGACCUGAGACUGUCACAAAGGCGGGGAGACACUAAGGCAUACGAGGAAGGUUUGUGCCACAGCAGUCAUCUUUAAUGUCAUUUUUAUAUGGUUAAUUUUUCAGAUAUUGUCAUAUGUGAAUGUGAAAAUUGUGUAGGCUGAUGUGUUUUUGGUAGAGGUCACUGGGAGGGGGAACAUGCGAAGAGCUAAUGGUUCACAUCAAUGAUGGAACGUAAUUCUGCCUUAAGAAACUGUAGCAAUCUGCGCAGGAAAGACGUGACUGUGUAGCCAAUCAGAGCUGUUUGUUUGUUUGCAAUAUACUUGAUUUGUUUUCUGGGACGGGGUUUUGUUUUUUGUACCAAUAACUUGAUGGCAGAUUGUGAAUGGAUGGCAUGGCUGCACAAUAUUGACCAAAAAUGUAUAUUUUUUAAAUAUAAACAACCUAAACAUGAAUUUAUUUUUAGUGUAUCGUGAAAGACGACGUUAAUGCUCAGGAUUUUUCCAAACGGUAACAAAAUGAAACAUGAUGAUGCAUCAUUUGUUGGUCAAGCAUUGUUGUACACAAGAACACCAUGGCCAGGACGCUUUGUUUUGAGAAAUUUUCAGUAGUAUUGUUUUGAUAUUCUUUCAUUUAUUGUGCAGCCUGAAUGGACAGAGACGUUUAAGUCACACGACAGAUCCAACGAGGCAUUGUUUGUCCUGAACUCUGAUAAUCUACAAUAUGUCAAACAACUUGAGCUCACGUUAAAUAAAGACCAACUUCAUCAAAGUA